AUGAUGAUGAUUCAGAAUUCAGAAUUGAGAAUUCAGAUUGGAUGUAGUUUAAAAUAUUUUAUGAUUGUGAAGUAGAUGGCGGGAGUGAACUCGUGUAAAUCCGUGGUGUAGAUUAGUUUUUAAAUUUAAUGUAAAAAUAUUAAAAAAAAUAGGGAAAAAAUGACUAGGGCUAAAAUAGAACUCGGCGAUGUAACACCACAUAAUAUAAAGCAACUAAAGAAGCUAAACACAGUAGUGUUUCCUGUUUCAUACAAUGACAAAUUUUACAAAGACGUACUAGAAGCUGGCGAGCUAGCAAAAUUGGCUUAUUACAAUGAUAUUGUGGUUGGAGCAGUGUGUUGUAGAAUAGAUACAUCGGAAAACUCAAGGAGAUUAUACAUAAUGACCCUGGGUUGUUUAUAUCCAUAUAGAAGAUUAGGUAUUGGCACAAUGAUGGUUGAACAUGUGCUGAAAUAUGUGGAACAAGAUGGAAAUUUUGACAGUAUUUUCUUACAUGUUCAAGUCAAUAAUGAAAGUGCAAUAGAGUUUUACCAAAAGUUUGCUUUUGAGAUUGUUGAAACAAAAGAGCAUUAUUACAAACGGAUAGAACCAGCAGAUGCACACGUCCUACAGAAAACAAUCAGACAACCAAACUUAGUCAAUGGUAAUGUGUCACAUGCUAAAAUGAAUGGUCACGAUUGAAAUGUUUCAAACUGUGCAUCCCAAUACAACGCGAGUGAUACUUAAGGAUAAUCAGUUUAAAGUUUACAAAUUAAUGAAGUGUGGAUAUUUUGAGGAUUGCGAUCUGGACUUUCAACCUUUAAAGAUGUUAAGACAUCUAAAUAACAAUAUGUUUCUAUCUUUUUUGAAAAUACCACCCCCAAAUUACAUCAUAUUCUGUUAAAUUAUUAGUAUACACUGAAAUGUGAAUUGGUUUGUGAGGUUAUUAUAUCAUUGAUAUUAUUAAUGCAACUAGAGUGAUCUGAUGUGAAUUUUUUGCUGCACAAUAUUGGUUUAUUGACUAUUUAAGAGCUGAUAACAUUGUGACAUUUAAUAAUAGAUUAAUAACUAUUUGGACAUAGUCUUGCAUUACUCAUGUUACAUGAUCCAAAUACUAAUUUUAAAAUGGUAUUGUAAUAAUAACCUUUAUAUUAAAUUUACUCUUAUAAAUAAUAUCUAAAUACAUUUCUUUUAGAAUGUGUUUAGCAAACCUAAACCAGUUUUAUGUCAGAUUUUUUACUGUUUUUGUAAAAUAUAGUAGUAUAAAAUUAAGUGGAAUGUUUUUCAAUGUUUACUUUUUAAACUAACCAUCAACUGUUUUUAACUGGCAUAUGUAUAACUUUUCGUAAGGGAUUAGUGUAGAAGUCUUGAAAUUAUUAAAAUAUACAAAUUUUUGAAUAUAAGCAUGUCAGGCUGUUUCCCAAAAAGUCCCAUGUGUUUUAUUCAGAACAAUCAUUUGCGAAUAUCAUGUGUCAACAACCACUAAUAUAGGUCAUACAAUAAACAAGAACCUCUAGUUAUAGUUCAUACAAUAAACUUAUAAACAAUU